UGUGGUUACCAUGGAAACAUAACUUUAAAGCAAAGAAUAGAGUCAUAUUGACAAAUUUUUUUAAAAUAAAAUAUUUAUCUAAAAAUGCCAAUUAUAGAUAUAUUCUCUAGUGAUGUCAGAUAUUUGUACAGAGUUAGAUUAUGUUCUUCAAGCGCUUUUUGUGUCCUAAUUGCUUUUUUAUUUUCUGUCUUAACUCCUUUAUUAUUUGUACACUAUGCAGGAGGAUAUUGGAUUAGAACUAGAACAUAUUGGGAAGUACCAGAUGUCCAUUUUAAACAUAAAUAUUUAUUAUUAAUUGAGCAAGAUAAUUUAGAUCCAUUAAUUUGCUCAACAUUUUCUCAUUAUAAAGAUAAUCCAAUAAAAGAUCAUUGCAGUAUAGUGAAGGUAAAAGAAGUCGAUAGAGAUGUAAAUGGACUGCAGGACUAUCUUAAAUUUGAAGUAGAGCUUUACACUGCAAAACCUAUUCGGUCUUUAAUUCUAUUACUAUUUUUCAACUAUGAAUUAAAGGAACACAUCAGAGUUGCAGUAGAAGCUAUGACAAUAAUAGAGUAUACAGUUUCACAAAAUAUUCAAGAAUUAUACUUUAUUGGAGAUUUGAUGCUUCGUCAAAAUAAUGUUUUGUACCAUGAUGAAAUGUACUUGGAUGAUAACAGUACAGAUAUUAAUGAUUUCACAUUGGUCAAUCUGUUAACAGAAAAUGCUAAUAGAUUACUUUCUGGUAAAAUAAGUAAUCUCAAAGUUUUACCGAGUCUUGGUUUCAUCAAGGAUGAACCAGUAAAAAUAAAGGUAGAAAUAGUUUAUGCCUCUCAACCAGUCAAGUAUCAACCAGGAUUCUGGGAGGAAAUAAAAUGGGGAUGGAUGCAGUAUCUAUCCAUAUUUGUUAUUGUCAUAUACUUUGCUAGGAAAAUAUUGACAAGACUUUUUACAUCGAAGACUUUGAGGAGCUACACCGUUACUCCGUGGCACUUGAAGACACAUUAAAAUAUAAGAAAAAAGCAUUCAUAUCUUGAUUU